UAGUUAAAAACCCCAUCCUCGAGCGUUGCUAUGCUAGCUAUUUCCCAAAACUCUUCUAUAGUUCUUAUCUCAACACUGGCGAGCCGCGAGCCACAGUUUUACCGUCGGCGGCGGCUGCUGCUGGAGUCUGCCUGAAGUAAUCUCAUGAUCUCAUCCCCUCCUGUGCGGCAAGCAAAUCAGCACACAUUCGCACCGCCGACGCCGAACAGAACAACAACAACCACCCCCUCGACCGAAAGAGACGAGCACUUCGUUCCCAUAUCCGCACUUAUUUUACGGCAAAAAUCUCCUCCUCCCUCCCCUACCACGAUCUCCGGCGUCCCCAUCCGCGCCUCCAACUCGCUGUUGCCCUCACCUCGAUCCCCCCUUCUGCUCCCCACGUUCUCUCCCCGUGGUCCCGAGUCCCGACGGCUGCUGCCAGGUUGCCUCAAAUCUCCCCAAGGCCAUCGCACGAUCCCCCACACACUCUAAGCUUGAAGUGUCUUUCCUUCCUUUCCAUGGCCGCGAUGUAUCGUCCCGAUCCGGCGAACCCCGCCGCCCGCCGCCCGCGCCUCGUCGUGCUCCUCCUCGUUGCCUUCUUCGCCCUCCAGCUGCUCGUCUUCCUCGCCUUCCGCGGCGCGCCCUCCCCGAGCUCCCCCGAUGCCGCCGUUGACCGCGUGCCGGUGUCGGCGCGCCGUGACGGCGAGGACUCCGGCUGCGUGGGCGGGCUAGUGUACGUCUACGACCUCCCGCCGGUCUUCAACGAGGAUCUGCUCGCCCUGUGCGAGGUGCUCGCGCCGAUGUACUCGCUGUGCCCGUACCUCGCCAACGACGGGCUCGGGUUCCCGGCGAAGGGGGGCAACCAGUCGGAGUUCCCGCCGGCCGAGCUGGUUGGGUCGUGGUACUCCUCCGACCAGUUCGCGCUCGAGCACAUCGUCCACCGCCGCCUGCUCUCGCACCGGUGCCGCACCACCGAUCCGGCCCGCGCCACGGCGUUCUUCGUGCCAUUCUACGCGGGGCUGGCCGUCGGGCGCCACCUGUGGGCGACCAACGCCACCGACGCCGACCGCGACAGGGACUGCCUCGCGCUGCUGUCGUGGCUCCACGCGCAGCCGUACUACAAGCGGUCUAAUGGCUGGGACCACUUCAUCGCGCUCGGCCGCAUCACCUGGGACUUCCGCCGCUCGCCGGACGGCGGGUGGGGCGGAAGCUUCCUCCUCAUGCCCGGGCUGGCCAACACCACCCGCCUGGUCAUCGAGCGCGAUCCCUGGGACGCCAUGGACGUCGGCAUCCCUUACCCGACCAGCUUCCACCCGCGCACCGCCGCCGACGUGCGCGCGUGGCAGCAGUACGCCUCGUCCCGCUCUCGCCCCAAGCUCUUCGCCUUCGCCGGCGCCCCGCGAUCGGCAAUCAAGGGGGAUUUCCGCGGGCUGCUGCUCGAGGAGUGCCAGGCGGCCGGGGACGCGUGCGGCGCGCUGGACUGCGGCGAGGGCAGGUGCAUCAAGCAAAACGAGCUCGUCAUGGAGCUGUUCCUGGGCGCGCGCUUCUGCCUGCAGCCGCGCGGGGACAGCUUCACCCGGCGGUCGCUGUUCGACUGCAUGGUGGGCGGCGCCGUGCCGGUGCUCUUCUGGCGGCGGAGCGCGUACCGGCAGUACGGGUGGUACGUGCCGGUGGGCAACAGUCAGGAGGAAGAAUGGUCCGUGUUCAUCGACCGCGACGAGCUGCGCGCCGGCAAUGUCACCGUUCGUGGCGUUCUUGCGGCCAUCCCGGAAGCGAAGGUGCGGGAGAUGAGGAAUCGCGUGGUGGAGAUGAUACCCAAGCUGGUGUACUCCGCUGCAGACAAGGAGGGGCUCGGCGACGGCAUGAAGGACGCCGUGGACGUCAUGAUCGACGGCAUGCUGCGGCGAGCGGCUGAGCAGCGCCGGAGUUGGAGGAAAGUGUAAAAUCUUGUGGCCGGAACAGAUCAAAUUGAUCAUUCUUUUUUACACAUAUUUUUUGUUCCUUUUUCAAAAGAAAAGAAAAGGAAUCACUACCACUUGGUACAUUUUGUAUUGUCGUGAGAGUAGGUGUGAAUUACGAGUUUACGACACAGGUGAUUAAUGGAUGAAUUUGUGCAUUUCCGAACA